UUUUUCGAGAAGAACUGCAUGUCAAAAGGUAAGAACCUAAUUUUAUUAUGGAUGAUGUAAUAACUCCGGCGCCCAUCUGUAGGGCAUAUGGAACCUACCUACAUGUAGUACUUAGGUACCUAUGUACCUAGAUAUCGGCGCAACUCAGGUCAGGGCGCUACAUGGUAGAAGCUUUUAGCAGUUACAUCAGCGCCCGGACCCGGAAAAGUUAGGUAAUCGCGAAAGCCGGACCGUAAUUAUCGAAAUCGAAACUUGUCAUCAUUUCCGUCGCGCGCCAAAAUUGUACCAGAAUGGAACAUUAAACCCUUGGAUGCGGUACGACCAUGACCAAUCAACUAGACGCCUCGAGCGAUGCCGAUGACAAAAAGCUGCAUACCAAUGCCACUCCGAAGCAAGGUUCUGCCGUCCACGGCGCAUCCCUGCUCAUAGUCCUCCAGAUCGCGUCGCGCGCCGUCACUUUCGUAGCCAACCAGCUGCUGCUGCGCUUCCUAACAGCUCAACUACUAGGAGUUUCGACUCAGCUCGAAGUCUACUACUUAUCCGUCCUAUUCUUCGCGCGCGAGAGUUUGCGCGUAGCUAUCCAGCGUCAGGAGAGCCCGUCUACUUCGCGUUCUGCCGACGGCCAACCCCUAGCCGAGAACGCGAGAGACAGCCAAUCUGUCGUGAACAUUGCUCAUAUAUCCCUCCUGCUAGGUCUGGGAGCUUCUGUCGGAUUGGGCUGGGCCUACCUUAGCUAUAUCGACGCUGCUACCGCUGCUACGCCUUACCUCGAUGUCGCCCUCCGUAUAUACGCCGUAGCGGCUAUCGUCGAGCUGCUCUCCGAGCCCGCCUUCGUGAUAUUGCAAUAUCGAUUGCGCUUUGGACCUCGUGCCGCAGCCGAAUCCGUUGCCACGUUCUUUCGAUGCCUCGUAACCUUCGGAGCGGCUAAUUGGGCUUGGAAAAAGGGCUUGGAGGUUGGCGUCUUACCAUUUGCCCUCGGACAGCUAGCCUACAGCACGGGACUCCUCGCUGUUUACGCGUGGUAUGGCGCGCAAUUGGCGUCUGCCGAGGGUUUCUCCCUUUUCCUAAGGACAAACCCUCCCUCGCAGAAAGGGACUGACAAGAAAAUAGAGACGGCGCGGGCUCUCGAUACGAAUUACGUGCUCGGAUACUUUUACAGACCGACCCUACAACUAGCAUAUAGCUUGACGGCUCAAUCGUUUGUAAAACACCUCCUCACCCAGGGCGAUACAUUUCUAGUUUCCGUCCUCUCCGACUCGAGAUCCCAAGGCGUCUAUGCUCUCGCCAACAACUACGGAAGCUUGCUUGCACGUCUAGUCUUCCAGCCUAUCGAAGAGAGCAGUCGCAACUAUUUCAGCAAGCUACUCUCUUCCGCAAAGAGCUCUCCCGGAAAGCAGGCCGUCGCCAAGGCGCGUUCGGAUUUACAGGCGCUCCUCAAGUUCUACGUCCUCUUAAGUAUGGUGGUCGUUACCGUGGGGCCCUACGCUGCGCCUUUGCUGGUUCAGAUUGUCGCGGGCACUAAAUGGUCCGCCAGCGGAGCCGGAGCAGUGCUGGCGCGGUAUUGCUUAUAUAUCCCGCUCCUAGCUAUCAACGGCGUCGCGGAAGCGUUUGUAUCGUCGAUCGCCACGGAAUCCGAGGUGCACCGCCAGAGCUUGUGGAUGGGCGCCUUCAGCGUGGCAUUUGGCGUUGCCGGGUUUGUCUCACUCCGAGUUUUGGACCUCGGUGCUGCCGGUCUCGUGUAUGCAAACGGCAUCAAUAUGUUAUGCCGCAUCAUCUGGAGCAGAACUUUUAUCGCGCGAUAUUUUCGGGCUAACGAUAUCGACUUUAGCUGGAACAGUAUACUUCCGAGUAACUUGGCCCUCACGACUGUUGCUGCUGCGGCGUUCUGGGCUUCCCUGGCGAGAGCCGGCAUUUCUAUCGGUAGCACGUCGCCAUACGUAUUCGUAGAUCUAAUCGCGGUUGCAAUUAGAGCCGUGCCCUUCGUAAUCAUCAUUGCCUAUACCGAACGCAAAUACUUGCUAGACUGCUAUAAUUCCAUCCGCGGCCGUGGCGAAGCGUCAAGGUAACAUCUACCUUAGGUAGUGCAUAGGCAUAGCUUAAUCUAUAUAGACUCUAAUUCCGCCGCGCUUGAUGCGGUUUAAUCAAAUGUAAUCUUCGUACCCUUCUUCGUCAUGUCGACGUCCUUAUAGAAGGCGCCGUACGUGCCAUGCGUCUUCUUCUUGACGGUUGUCCCGAAUUUGAGGAGAUCCUCCGGCACCUGCUGUCCGGCGGCCUUGAGUAUGUUGAUGAGCCUAGAGGAAU